GUCGGAAGCAUCGACACUUGAACUCGAUCGAUCAACUAUGAGGAAAGCGGAGCAGACGCGUAAACUGCUCUCAUAGGAGAAGUUUCCUCUUGGAAAGUAGGACUGUAGGAAUGUGAUUAGUCUUUUUGAUAGUAAGUUUAUAGGCUAAAGAAGCGCUGGCAGCGAUACGGACUAAACUCUGUAAUCUCUGCUCUUGUCUACGUAAGACUGCAAACAAUCAGGAAGUCCGGGGGAUUUUCUAUGCGGCUCUUGAAGCGCAAAACGUGCAUGGACAGUGGAUACUUUACCUUUUAACGAUCAAUAAUGAAGAGGCACAUUCAUUAACGCGAGCUGUUACUUGAUUUUUGCUGUUUAUUAUUUACCAACAACUCUCUCAAACUUGAGUAAGUCUCCUUACGUUGUUCGAACACCUGAAUUUUCACUUAAUAGGAUGGAUGUUCCUCACCUCACAGAAGAUGAAAUGGCAGAGAUUAAAAAAGAUGUGCUGACCAAACUGAGGCACUACCUCUGCGACAAGAUCAGGGCCGAGCGCCACCUGGACUACCUGCGCUCUCGCCGGAUCCUGACACGGGACGAUGCGGAGGAGAUCUGUUGCCGGACCACGCAGAGCAAGAGGACGGGCAUGUUGCUGGACUUCCUGGCUGAGAACCCUCACGGCCUGGAUGCCUUGAUUGAGUCCAUCCAGCAGACGCGCUCCCAGAACUUCAUCAUCGCCAAGAUCACAGACGCAGUGCAGAAGGCCAAGACGGAGAAGCUCGAGUCACUUCGAGCAGGAGCCUCCGGUUCCUCAUCUGAUAGCAAACCGAGCACUCAGGGAACAACCAACGACCUCUCCAGGACAUUUUCAAGCGAGCCUACCAUGCUUUUCCACCCAGUCGGCGAAGCAAGCCCUUCCUGUUCAGACAUAGUGGGGUCACUGAACAUGAGCUCUCUAAAGAAAGAGGGGGACUUGUCCUCUGUGGGUGGGGCGAGCAUCGCUGUGUCUUCCUCCACAAGCCCCUCCACCCUGCCCAGGCCUGGAGACCCGGGAGCACCUCCGCUGCCUGACGAGCUGGUAGAGUCUUCCACCAACAUGGAUCCCGGGGCACACGGGUGCACCAGCACGGGAGGGGACCCCAACUUCCAGCCCCUGAGAUCGCGCUCUCUCACCCCAACAUCGCACAAGGACGUCUUUUCCCUUCCACCAAACUCUCAAUGAGUUUCCCCUCAGGCGCUUGAAGGGACAAACAAAGGAGUCUUCAAUCACAAACACACACUGUCACUGCACUUGGUGGUUUCCCUGUGCCUUCUGCCUUAGAUAUUGCUAUACUUUCAAUACUGUUUUUUACCAGUAUGCUAGGGGUGUAAAUAUUUGGCUUAACACUGACUCAGUUUGAUUCACAAUUCACUAGUCAGAAAUUUGAUUUCAGAAUACUUUUUUUUUUCUUUUUCAUGAUUCAAGUCAAUGAUUCAAUUCAGUACUUUUAGCAGAAAAUUUCAGAUCUAUCAAUGAACAUGUGCAGUAAUGCAAAACUAACCUUUUUCUUUUGUAAAGUAAAAAAAAAAAUCAAACAACAAAAUUACUUUAACAUUAGUUGUUUUAUUAUAAACUUAACUGAUAAAAGAGCUGCACUUUUUAGUAUUCUGUUAGAUUAUCCCAGUGUUACAACAACAGUACAACUUAAUUUUUUUUAAGAAUCUUCAGUGAAUCAGUACAAAGACUUUUAUAUCAAUUCAAGCCAAAGUCAGAGUGAUUUAUUCUGUUUACCUCAGCAGAUGGAUUGAGUUGAAUCGACAGAGUUUAUAGUCGGUGCACUGAAUGAUUUAUUACACCCCCACAGUACACAAAUCAGGUUUUCUUUGUUUGUUUUUACAGGGGGAAUAGGUAUAUUUUAUUGUGAAAGUUUGAUCCAUCUUCUCUUUUAUGUGCUGCUCAUUAUCUAUCUUUUGAAUAUGUGAGUUCCUCAGAAACUGUUACCUGCCAAAAACCACAGCAGCUACGGUUUGGGUGCAGUAAAAAAAAAAAAAAGCAAAUGUCUAUUAAACACUGGAAUGAGUACUUGAGUAUGCACAUUUAGUGAG